UCUGUCUGCCACCUCCCAUCCCUCGGCUGUCAGUGCUUGUGUCGCUCGUCCCUCGCAUUCGACGUCAUGGCCUCCUGGCUGGCUCCCGCAUUUCUAGCCGUUGGCCUUGUCAGCGCUCAAUCCUAUCCCAAUGGAACCAUUCCUAAUGGAACUUCGCCCGGCCAACUCAACGAUGCCACAAGUCCUCCAUUCUAUCCUUCGCCGUGGAUGGAUCCCUCGGCCGACGGUUGGGCCGAAGCUUAUAAGAAGGCACAAGCUUUCGUGCGCCAACUCACCCUACUGGAGAAGGUCAAUCUGACGACCGGUGUGGGCUGGGAAGGGGAAGCCUGCGUUGGCAACACAGGCAGUAUCCCCAGAUUAGGUUUCCCGGGUUUCUGUGCUCAAGAUAGUCCCCUCGGUAUCCGCUUCGCAGAUUACGUCUCCGCUUUUCCUGCUGGGGGUACUAUUGCUGCAUCAUGGGAUCGCGGCGAGUUCUACCGACGAGGCUACCAGAUGGGUGUCGAACACCGCGGAAAGGGCGUUGAUGUUCAGUUGGGUCCUGUUGUAGGCCCCAUCGGGCGGAAUCCAAAGGGCGGGAGGAACUGGGAAGGAUUCAGCCCCGACCCCGUUCUUUCAGGUAUUGCCGUUGCCGAGACAGUGAAGGGUAUUCAAGAUGCCGGUGUCAUUGCUUGCACGAAACACUACAUUCUUAACGAACAGGAGCACUUCAGACAGCCCAACAAUGUCGGAGAUUUUGGUUUUGUGGACGCCAUCAGUAGCAAUGUUGAUGAUAAAACUCUGCACGAGUUAUAUCUGUGGCCCUUUGCUGAUGCUGUCCGCGCCGGCACUGGUUCCAUCAUGUGCUCUUACAACAAGGCGAACAACUCUCAAGUGUGCCAGAACUCCUACCUGCAGAACUACAUCCUGAAAGGCGAACUCGGUUUCCAAGGUUUCAUCAUGUCUGAUUGGGAUGCCCAACACUCGGGUGUUGCGUCGACUCUUGCCGGUCUCGACAUGACCAUGCCGGGCGACACAGAUUUUGAUAGCGGCUUCUCUUUCUGGGGUACCAACAUGACCUUGUCCAUCAUCAACGGAACCGUUCCCGAAUGGCGUCUGGAUGAUGCUGUGACUCGUAUCAUGGCUGCUUAUUAUCUCGUUGGCCGCGAUCGCCAUGCCGUCCCAGUCAACUUCAACAGCUGGUCCAAGGACACCUACGGAUUUCAACACGCGUAUGCGGAAGUUGGAUAUGGUCUCAUCAAUCAACACGUGGAUGUGCGAGAGGAUCAUUACAAGUCGAUCCGAACAGCUGCCGCCAAGUCAACAGUCUUGCUGAAGAACAACGGAGUACUCCCUCUCACAGGCAAUGAAAAGUUCACCGCUGUUUUCGGCAACGAUGCUGGAGAGGCCGAGUAUGGACCCAACGGAUGCGCCGAUCGCGGAUGUGACAACGGCACCCUGGCCAUGGGUUGGGGAUCGGGCACCGCCGACUUUCCCUACCUUGUAACACCACUUGAAGCCAUUAAGAGCACAUUGAACACCCAUGGAGGCAUUGUUUCAUCCGUUACCGACAACUAUGCAUUCAGUCAGAUCAUAGCGCAAGCCAAACAGGCCAGCCAUGCCAUUGUCUUCGUAAACGCCGACUCCGGUGAAGGUUACAUCACGGUUGAUGGCAACGAAGGUGACAGGAACAAUCUUACGCUUUGGCAAAACGGUGAAGAGCUUGUCCGUAAUAUCUCGGGAUACUGCAACAACACCAUUGUCGUGAUUCACUCCGUCGGCCCAGUCCUUGUCGACUCGUUUAGCAAUAGCCCGAACGUCUCUGCUAUUCUCUGGGCCGGAUUACCCGGUCAAGAGUCUGGCAACGCCAUUGCUGACGUUCUAUAUGGUCGCAUCAAUCCCGGUGGCAAGUUGCCUUUCACUAUUGGCAAGUCAGCUGAGGAGUAUGGUCCCGAUCUCAUCUACGAGCCCACAAACGGUCACGAGAGCCCUCAAGACAAUUUCGACGAGGGAGUCUUCAUCGACUACCGCGCCUUCGACAAGCAAGGAAUAACGCCAGUGUACGAGUUUGGUUUCGGCCUUUCAUACACCACUUUCUCAUACUCGGAUCUGGAGAUCGCCAAGGUGCCUGCUGGCGCUUACACUCCUACUACUGGCCUCACCACAGCUGCUCCUAGUCUCGGUAACUCGAGCAAUGAUCCCGCACUCUAUCAAUGGCCAUCCAAUCUGACCUACGUGAAUGCGUACAUCUACCCCUAUCUCAACUCGACCAAUUUGGCAGAAGCCUCGCACGACCCUGAAUACGGUGUCGAUCACACCUAUCCCGAAGGAGCGACCGACGGAUCGCCGCAGCCUCGCAUCGCCGCAGGUGGAGGUCCAGGAGGUAACCCUCAACUGUGGGACGUACUUUACAGCGUGUCCGCCACAAUCACCAACAACGGAACCAUUGCAGGUGACGAGGUAGCACAGCUAUACAUUUCCCUCGGAGGUCCACAAGACCCCGAAGUUGUCCUCCGCAACUUUGACCGUCUUUCUAUUCAGCCUGGUGAGAGUGCGACGUUCACGGCCGACAUCACGCGUCGUGAUCUGUCCAACUGGGACACUGUCAGCCAGAAUUGGGUUAUUAGCAAUUACACCAAGACGGUGUAUGUGGGAACUUCAUCACGGAAACUGCCGCUCAGCGCACAGCUGAAGCUAUAA